AUGGCACCUGCUACUAAGAUUAACAAGAAAAAGGGAUCAAAAACGCAAAGACCCCCACCCGAAAAGAAGCAAAAGAACGAUCUUUUCACUGAAAAACGUCGCCCAAAGAAGGCUGACAUGUUGGGUGAUUCUGAUAAUGAUAGCCCAGAUGAAGAAUUAGAACAGGUGGAGUUUAAUGAAGAUGAUGGGCAAUCAGAAUCUGCUUCUGGGUCUGAUAUUCUUUCUGAUGCUGACGAUGACCCCCUUGCUGAUGAUUUUUUACAAGGAGGAAGUGAUGAUGAAGAGAAAGGUUCUGGUUCUGAUUCCGGUUCAGAAGAAGAUUCGGAUGAAGAGGAUAUUCAGAAGAAGUCAAGAGCUAUCGAUGAACAAAGGGCAAGGGAACAAAAAGAAGCUGAGGAAGAAAUGAAGCUAAAUAUUGCUGAAGAAUCUGAUGAGUUUAUAUUACCUACUCAGAAGGAACUUGAAGAUGAAGCACUUCGGCCCCCUGAUCUUCAAAAUCUCCAAAGGAGAAUUAAUGAGAUUGUUCGAGUGCUUUCGAAUUUUAAAGACUUGAAGCAAGAGGGUGCUUCAAGGAAGGAUUACGUUCAACAACUUAAGAUUGAUUUAUGUAAAUACUAUGGCUAUAAUGAAUUCUUGAUGGGAGCCCUGGUGGAGAUGUUUCCUGUUAACGAACUUAUGGAGCUCAUUGAAGCUUUUGAAAAGCCAAGACCCACAUGUCUAAGAACCAACACCUUAAAGACUCGAAGACGGGAUUUGGCCAAUGUACUCUUAAACAGAGGAGUAAACCUUGAUCCUUUAAGCAAGUGGUCUAAGGUUGGACUAGUUGUUUAUGAUUCCCAAGUACCAAUUGGUGCCACUCCUGAAUAUAUGGCUGGUCACUACAUGCUCCAAAGUGCAAGCUCAUUCAUGCCUGUGAUGGCCCUUGCACCUCAAGAAAAGGAACGGAUUGUUGAUAUGGCGGCUGCACCAGGUGGUAAGACGACAUACAUCGCUGCUCUGAUGAAAAAUAGUGGAAUAAUUUAUGCAAAUGAGAUGAAGGCCCAAAGACUUAUGUCGCUCACAGGAAAUUUGCAUCGCAUGGGGGUGACAAACACCAUUGUUUGUAACUAUGAUGGAAGGGAGCUUCCCAAGACUCUAGGUCUCAACACAGUUGACAGGGUGUUGUUAGAUGCCCCAUGCAGUGGGACUGGGGUUAUAUCUAAAGACCAGUCUGUUAAAAUUUCUAAAAGCCUUGAAGACAUAGAGCAAGGUGCCCAUUUACAGAAGCAAUUGAUACUUGCUGCGAUUGACAUGGUUGAUGCAAAAUCAAAAUCUGGUGGAUAUGUUGUUUACUCCACAUGCUCCAUAAUGGUUGCUGAGAAUGAGGCAGUUGUUGACUAUGCACUCAAGAAGAGAAAUGUUAAACUUGUGCCUUGUGGACUCGACUUUGGGCGUCCAGGGUUCGUCCGCUUUAGGCACCACCGUUUUCACCCAUCCUUGGAAAAGACAAGACGUUUCUACCCCCAUGUUCACAACAUGGAUGGAUUUUUUGUUGCAAAGUUGAAGAAACUGAGUAACUCGAUACCAACAGCUGGUCCUUCUGAACCUUUAGAAUCUGUGGAGCAAGCCCCUGGACUGAACGAGAGUAAUAGGGAAAAGAGAACUUCCACAGAAAAGGAUAGCUUAACAAAUGGUUUACCUAAUGAUGGGACUGUAGAGAAUCCAUUCGGUGCUCAAAAGGGAAAGAAACAAAAACUUCCUUCUAGAGAGGAAAUUUCAAAAGCCAGAGAGGAUAAAAGAGCAGCGUAUAGAUAUGCAAAACGUAAUGCUGGAAAAAAUAGUGGGAAGUGA